UAAACCUUUCAAAUUAAACGUUCACAAAUAAAUAACAUUGUACAUUUACAUCGAUCAUGAUCAUCGUUUAAUAUUUAAUUUUAAACGACUUGGCUUGAGGUCACAAUAUGUGUAGGUUCUCGAGAAAACAGGUACGAGAAAACAGGCGCUUUAAGUUUAACAUUAACGUUAGAGAUGACUUCUCCCGAUCAUAAUGAACCAGGAGCCAUGGAAACUUAUCUGGAAGCUAUACAACACAACAGAGUGUCAGAUGGAUUUGAUGUAGAGUUGUCUCCUACGUUUGGCUAUGUGAGUAAUAUAGAGAGUGCGGAGAGAGUUCGCAGACAUUACCAACAAACGGUGGGCAUCAAGUUUUCUACGUACAGGCAAAGCAAAGACUAUGGAAAACAAGAUAUUGAAACUGAUCAUCACAAAGUAUGCUGGGAAGAUAGCUCAAGGUUGCGUCAAGGUCACCUUGUAUUUGACUAUGUGCCGUACAUAGUGAUUGGUAUCAAGAUGUUAGAUUGUCAGUACGGCAAGGAUCGUCACAUUGCUAGGAAGAAGCGUUCUCUCUCACAGUUUGUGAGUGAAGAUCAUCACGGCAAGCGGAAACAGGUGACAGGCAAGAAGGUUGACUGUCCGGCUCAAAUCGCUCUCAGAGAUAUCCUGAAAUUUCCAAAUUAUGCAGUUGAUAUCAAUACAGUUUGGAGGAGGAAAGUCAUGUCAGAAAAGCUUAGGAAAAGCCUUUCUAUGGGGUCAGAGGUGAAAGGGGAGAGACGUAUCUACAUCAAAUUUCCAGAGGCCAGUGACCAUAAUGGGCAUCAAAUCAACUUUGAUGUCGCAGAGGACAGUGUACUUCACCGACCAGACUCGGAACGUAUAGCCCUAAGAAUCAUGGGUGAUCUGCAUGGAGCUACCGAUGGGUCUGGAAGUAGAUCAGAGAUACAUAGCGACAAAGAUCAGCAUCAGGAGCCUCAGGAGACACCAAUUAAUAUUGAGUUUGCUGAGCAAGAUCUAGGACAUCAAGCACAUCUAGCACUUUCCAGGCAAUCACCAGAAACAUCAAGACAGAAAAUAGAUUCACUUCCAUCAAGUCAGACCAGAGGUGAUACACACCAAAGGAUUCAAUACGGAAGACAGAUGAUAGAUUCACCUCAAUCUAAUCAGACUAGCAAUGAUAUAAACCAAGCUAUUCAAUGCAGGAGACAGAUGAUAGAUUCACCUCAAUCUAAUCAGACUAGCGGUGAUACAAACCAAGCUAUUCAAUGCAGGAGACUACUUGAUCAGCUGACCGAAGAGACCUUUAGCAUUCAAGAUUCAUCCAUCUUAGAUGCUCUGCAUCAGCAACUCGAGGGUGCUCUCCGGAAUGUACAGAGAGCGAAACAGAAAAGGGUUGGGAUCCCAUCCAGACAGUCCUGUACAGAUACUAUGACACCAAGGCCACAAAGGAGAGAACCUUCGGAUAGAUGCACCUCCUGUACAGAUACUAUGACGCCAAAGCCACAGAUGAGAGAACCUUCAGAUAGAUGCACCUCCUGUACAGAUACUAUGACGCCAAAGCCACAGACGGGAGAACCUUUAGAUAGAUUCACCUCCUGUACAGAUACUAUGACGCCAAAGCCACAGACGGGAGAACCUUCAGAUAGAUCUGAAGGCAACAAAGAACCUGUGAAGAUACUCCCUGAUACAACCAAGAGGAGUUGUUCAUGCAAGGAAAGAAGCUGCAGGGUUUGUUCCACUGCAAAGAGAGCUGAGAUCACCGAGGUUAUCUGUGAUGAACUAGGUUCAAACCAGACUGUGAGUAGCCGGAUUAUCAGGGAAGCACAGGCAUUAAUUCUUGACAUGUUCCCUCUUCUGCAUGGCUUUGAAGAAGUGACACUAGGUCAGCACCUUCUCUUCUCAGCAGCCCAGGGGGAGUUUGGACAGCUGAUGCAUGAUGGGAAGGACCACUGGGUUUUUGUGACGUCUAUUUCCUGUGAUCCUGGGAUGGUGAAGUACUAUGAUAGUAUGGGUGCAGGAACGAUUCCAGACAUCAUACGCAAGCAGAUUGCAUGUAUUGUAUGUUCACAGGACACCCAAAUCUCAGUGGAAAUCCAACCAGUUCAGCUUUCCAAGAAUACAACUGAUUGUGGUCUCUUUGCAUUAGCCUUUGCCGCAAGUGUCCUCCAUUCUGAAGAUCCAGGAUUGGUAUGUUAUGACAUCACCUCCAUGAGACGUCAUCUGUAUCAGUGCUUCAAGAAGCAUUGUCUCAAACCUUUCCCAAAGACCAGUCAAACAGUUGAACGUACAGCCAAGAGGAUGGUCAGCGUGGAUGUGUUCUGCCUGUGUAGGAUGCCAUGGAAUGCUAUUACACAUGAAUCGAAGAUGAAGAUGGCACAAUGUAGUAUGUGUGGGGAAUGGUGGCAUUCCAAUUGCUGUGGCAUUCCCGAUUCUACCCAAAGACCUACAUGGAAGUGCCCUAGAUGUGAAGAUGUUCAUUCUGCUGUAUCUGCCCUCAACUCUCUGCAAUCAGUAGUCUUCCCAAAUGAAAACACAUCUCACAGCUGACUAAUGUUGUGAUUCACCCUACA